AGAAACUGACAACGAUGUUCGCCCGCUCAUUCAUCCGCCAAACCGGUCGCCAAGCUACCAGAGCAUUCUCAACUGCUCGCGCAUCAAACAACUCACUCCGUAACGUUGCCUUCGGUGUUGGUGCUGCUGCUGCACUCGGUGCUACUGCUCUCGCUACCAAGCCAGUUCACCUUGAUGCACCACAAAGCACCAUCGCUGGUACCGAAGGUACCUUCUCUGAGCGUUCAUUCGUUAUGAUCAAGCCAGAUGGUGUGUCCCGCCAAAUCGUUGGUAAGAUCAUCUCCCGCUUCGAAGAGCGUGGAUACAAGUUGGUCGCUGUCAAGACUGUCACUCCUUCAAAAGAACUCGCCAAAGAGCACUACAUUGACUUGGCCGCUCGUCCAUUCUACCCAGGUCUCGUUGAGUACAUCACCUCAGGUACCCCAGUCGUAGCCCUCGUCUGGGAAGGUAAGGACGUCAUCCGUCAAGGUCGUCGUAUGGUCGGUGCUACCAACCCACUCCAAUCUGACCCAGGUUCAAUCCGUGGUACCUACGCUGUUUCAGUUGGCCGUAACAUCAUCCACGCAUCUGACUCAUUCGAAUCUGCCACCAAGGAAAUUGGACUUUGGUUCAAUGAGAAAGAACUCUCAAACUACCAACCAAUCGCUUGGCCAUGGAUCUUCUCAGACAACUAAAGUGAUUUAAAAUAAUUUAUACACAUAUAUUCCUUGAACAUAAACGAU